UCGCGGUAACCCUCUCUCUCUCUCUCUCUCUCUCUCCACUAUCACAAUUACAAUCAAAAGCCCUAGUUCUAUGUUUCUUGAUGAAUCUCUUCAUUCUUGAAAGUUGAAACGAAUCAGAGAAGUUCAAUUUAAUCGUCGGAACACAAAGAAUUCAAGGAAAGUACAGAUAUAUAAAUAUAUAUGCAUAUAUAGAGAGAGAAAGUGAGGUUUUUAGAGACGGAAAGAGAGAGAGGACUCACAUGGAGAAGGAAACGCAUCUUCUGGAGAUCAACUUGAUCUCCGCUCAAGGUCUGAAGACGCCAUCCGCGAAUCUCCGUCGAUUGAAGACCUACGCAAUCGCCUGGGUCGACUCGUCCGCCAAACUCAGAACCCCUGUUGAUCGACUCGGCGGCGAUAACCCUACCUGGAACGAGAAAUUCCUCUUCCGAGUCUCCUCCGAGUUUCUCUCCAGCGAGACCUCCGCUGUCUCCGUCGAGAUCUACGCCGUCGGCUACAUCAAGGAUCCUCUCGUCGGCACCGUCCGAUUCCUCCUCAGUAGCUGCAUCUCCGCCGCUUCAGUCGGAACUCCGGCCUUCACCGCCGUCCAGAUCCGCCGCCCCUCCGGCCGAUUCCACGGCGUUCUCAACAUCGCCGCCACAGUUCUCGACGGCUUAGAUCUCACUGCCGCGACUGGUUUGUCGGCGAUCUGUUUUCGCGAUCUGAUGGGGGAGAGUCGGCGUCGGCAUUAUCAUAACCGGAGAGGAUCGGACAGGAGCGAGCAAUCGUCCGGUUGCGAAUCGUGUGGAGAGUCGGUGGAUUUGUCGGACGGUGCGGAUUCGACCACCUCGUCGUCAUCAGCCGCAUCAACGGCGCUGAAGGAGUGGAACUGUGAGAGAAAGAACGAGUCGGAAUCGGACGGUGGAGGAUUGCUGUGUGGUUUGAUGCUACAGAGGAAGUUUCAUCUGAGUCCGUCGGAUCAAAACUUCAGGGUUUUUGCAUCGAUGAGGGAGAAGGAGAAUCGAUCGUGUUUGACUAAGCGAGCUGAUUAACGGUUGAGAUCAGAAUUUAGAAGGAUUGAUGGACGAUGGAGAUCAUCCGGAUUGAAUGUAUUCAUGCACAAUUAGCAUGCUGUGUCUCUGCUUCAGGAAUUUUGAAAAUCGGUUAGCCGUUAUAUGUCUCCAUUUUGUAUUUCAAACUUGAAACGGCAAUAUUACAAUAUUAC